AUAUCUAUAUAAGUCAGAGUAGCUGGGAACAUAUUCUUUUUUCGUUUUUUAUUACACAGACUGAGGCUUCGGUAAAGCAUGGCGGUAUCGUGGGUGUUUUUCCUUCUUGGACUCCUUCCUCUUAUCAAGGCAUUCUGCUUCACCCGCUACGGGCGAAUCGACGAAACAGUGUCCGGCCGACAGAUCCCUGUUUGUGAGUAUAAUGGAUUGGACAUCCUUGACGGGUCGUCGUUCAGGACAGCAGCUUGUAUGGACUGCAAGUGUACAAAUGGCCUCAUACAGUGCUGUGGUUUCGGCGUUCAGAACGAGACCACGUACGCCCCGCCCUCCUGUACAGUGAUAUCGGACGGUUGUGAACCACUGUUGGUUCUGAAGAGUAACCAGACAUUAGGCUGCUACACCGGGUUUCCUAUCAAGGACAGUCGACCUCCGAAUGGUAACCCUGGAAACAACCCACAAUUUCCCGGCUCAAAUUAUCCGUUUCCAUUCCUUUUCCCUCCGACAUUCUUCCCAAGAAACCAACCACAGCAAGACAAUUCUUUAAGUAACUUAUUUCUGUUGGGACGUCUAGCUGAAGGGUUGUGAUCCCAUUGUACGGAUCAUCUUUUCUAGCGAAGCUAUCUGUAUCAAUUAACACCUAUGAACACUUACUAUACGUAUAUAUAUGCCUUUCGUGUAUUGUGUAAUCAAACCACACAUUCUGUUUUCUAAUUAAAACUUAAUUAAACAUCUAAAACAUA